CGUAAUGACCUUGCAGGAAGACUCUUCUGCAGCAAAACAAAGCCAUAACAAAACGCCAGCUUCACCCACCGUGGCUUCUUCGCCGUCUCAGGAUGGAUGGGAGGAUGGCGGUUGGGAGAGCUUCGAGGAGGAGCCAGCCGCUCCAAGCGAGAGCCACCAAGAAAGAACUGACUGCAAGCCGGCAAGUUCCUAUAACUGGGAAAGUGGCGGUUCUCUGGACGAUGCGACCUCAGACUUCUUCUCGAGCGCUGCUCAAGUCAACCCUUCCAAGCAAUCUCGGGCCAAGCCGAAAACAACGUCAAAACAGAGUCCUCAAGGAAGAGAAGGCAACUCCUGGGAGACAGGAGACGACUGGGACAGCUGGGGAUCGGGCCAAGCGUCCUCGGGAAAAGGCGACGCCAAGAGCGACGACGCGCGGCGGCUGAGAGAGGAAAAGCGGCUGCAGCGGCAGAAGGAGCUUCAGGAGCGUCGAGCGGCACGUCAGGCCGCGGGGCCCAUGAAGCUGGGCGUCAAGAAGGACUUCUGAGCGAGCGCUUUACGAAUGUUCACAAUAAAACCAACUGUUACCGGGUCGCUUUUACCGUUUA